AUGUGCCAGUACAACCCAUUCCACAAAGUCAAGAGUGGUCGGCUCAAAAUUCACAUGACCAAGUGCCGCAGGGAACACGCUCCGCGCCGCCUUAAGCCUUGCCCUUUCACCAAGGAUCACAUGGCGCCCGCCAACGCUGAAGACUACCAGAGGCACCUCGCCACCUGCCCGGACCGGUCGUCGACAUUCUGCACAGCGACCAGGGACGAUCCGGACCCACCCUUUGACCUCCGCGACUCUGAGUCGCGCUUCUGCAGCGUCGAGUCCUCGAUGAACAAGGCAGUGUCCCAUCCCUGGCUCUGGGUCUCGGCAUAA